AUGAAUAACCGUGAUCCCUUCAACCUCCACCGAGCCGCUCCUGCAGUCCACCUCCUUCGAUUCUCCGCCCGCCACGCCGCAACCCGAGCCGUCACCUCCGCCGCCCAAUACACCCAGCAGGUCGCCGAUUCUAGCGCAAAGCUCCUCGAAUCCGGGAAACAGGUCUUCGAGAGCAAGACCGCCAAAUACAUCCCCGAGAGCGUUCGAGCUGAGAAGGCGAGCGCGGCGCUAUCGCCGGGAACGGAGGACGAGAGCAUGUCGUUCAAACUACCGCGGAACGUGCCGAGCUUCGCGGAUCCGCAACGGAGAUUCGAGGAUCAGGUUUGGGGAACGACGGGACGCUCGCGGUUUUCGGGGACGGGACAUGGCGGUGGUGGAGUGGCGGAUAGAAUUGGUGGAAUGUUCGAUGGCGGAAGUGGGGGAUUGCCCAUGUACAAGGACAAGCCAUACUACGCGGCGUCAAGACGAAAGUCAGUAUGGCGGAAAAAUGGCGUCUAUUUCUUUUUGUUGUUGACGGUAUUCGGGUUCCUAUACUGGAAAGGAUUACUCUCUCAUGAGAAUGUAAAAAGAGUUCAGAAAGGCGGUUCCAGCUUCUGGAAAUCAACACAAACCCACGGAAAACCGGAUUGGGAUGAGCGAAGAGAAAAAGUACGAGAUGCGUUCAAGAUUAGCUGGAAAGCCUACGAGGAUUAUGGAUGGGGAUUCGACGAGUAUCGACCUAUCUCCAAGACCAAUCGACAGAUGGUUCCCCCGAACGGAGUCGGCUGGAUCAUAGUGGAUGCUCUAGACACGCUGAUGCUCAUGAAUCUGACCACGGAACUGGCUCAUGCCCGGGACUGGAUCUCAACAACACUGGACUAUAACCGGGAUCACGAGGUCAACACCUUCGAGACAACGAUACGGAUGCUUGGCGGGCUGCUGUCAGCUCAUUACCUGUCUACUGCCUUCCCGGAUAUGGCUCCGCUACCCGCUGGAACCCCAAAAAAUGAAGACCUAUACCUUGAAAAAGCGUCGGACCUUGCAGAUCGGCUCUUAGGCGCGUAUGAGUCCUCUUCGGGCGUCCCGUAUGCCAGCGUGAACUUGCGCACGUCGAAAGGCAUCCUGUCCCAUGCGGAUGGCGGCGCGUCGUCCACCGCAGAAGCGACCAGUUUGCAAUUGGAGAUGAAAUACCUGGCGAAGUUAACUGGAGAGACGCACUACUGGGAGACAGCGGAGAAGGUCAUGCAGGUUGUAGAUGACAAUGGUGCUGAGGAUGGGUUGGUUCCGAUCUUCAUCUAUGCCGAUCAAGGAACCUUUAGAGGGAGUAAUAUUCGGCUAGGAAGUCGAGGGGACUCCUAUUACGAAUACCUGAUCAAGCAAUAUCUGCAAACUACCAACCAAGAGCCGAUCUACCUGGAUAUGUGGGAGCAAGCCCUUCGCGGCAUUCGAAAACACUUGGUCACGUACUCGUUUCCUUCGAACUUCACACUGCUCGCUGAGCGCCCUAAUGGCAUUGAUGGGCAUAUCGAGCCAAAGAUGGAUCAUCUCGUCUGCUUCAUGCCCGGCACCAUCGCAUUGGCUGCAACUGGCGGUGUCAGCGUUGCACAAGCCAAGCAGUCGGGAAAAUGGUCGAAGCAGCAAGAGGAAGAUCUCGAUCUUGCAAAAGAGCUAACGAAGACCUGCUGGGCCAUGUACAAAGCCCCCGUAACAGGCUUGGCGCCGGAGAUCGCGCAUUUCCAUCUCCACGAUCCGCCUCAUAUGCUUGAGGAGGGCAAGCUGGCUUCUCCGGAUCACUUCUCGUCCUCCGAUCCAGACGAUGCAUCUUGGCGGAGUGACAUCAUCAUCAAACCGCUUGAUGCUCAUAACUUGCAGCGUCCAGAAACGGUUGAGAGCCUCUUCUAUAUGUGGCGGAUAACAGGCGAUGAAAUCUAUCGUCACUGGGGUUGGGAGAUGUUCCAAUCCUUCGUUCGACAUACUGCUGUGGAUGAUGGAGCGGGGUUCACCAGUAUCGGCGACGUCACGAAGAUUCCUCCUUCUCCCAGAGACAAUAUGGAGAGCUUCUGGCUGGCUGAAACCCUGAAGUACUUCUAUCUAUUAUUCUCACCGAACGAUCUACUCCCAUUGGAAUCCGUCGUGUUCAAUACGGAAGCGCACCCGUUCCCACGGUUCGAGCUCGGAAAGCUCUUCAAAACCGGCUGGAAGCGAAAGCCACGAGGCGCCGACGGCACAAUCUCGCCGGGCGCGCAAAGCAGGGACGGCACAGAGCCGAAUCUGCAAGACACCCACGUGAAGCGAUCAUCCGCCACGGAACGAAAUCUGGAGGGCCGUGAGAUCGAAGAUUCUGCCCAGCUCCCCCGCGCGGAAGACAGUCAAUAA